UUAAGAUGGAAGUAUACCAAGUACCUACUCGUCCAUGCUAAAAGAGAAAAUGUUUCUCCACUUCUAAAUAUUUUGCAUUCUCCAUGAUAUUUGAGUAUGUUAUUGACACAAUGAAAAACUAGGUUUUAUAGGUUUCCUUUUUUUUUUCAAAAUUUGCGAUACAAAAAAAUUCAAGCGGACACUAUGAACCUAUAUUAUGCUGAAGCGAUCGACAUCAAAAUCAAAGUGAUUUGUUCAGAUUUACUUAGUGGAGACUGUUUUCUCGCUAAAUGGAAAUUUCAUAGAAAAAGUACCGUUAUUUCAUUAGGAUCGCAUAGUUAUUCUUCCCUCUUAAUAUAUUCGUUGGCUUGUAAACAUGUUUGUGAACUAGACUAUACAUAUACGAGACUAAUUUAAAUGCUUAAUGUAAUAUUAGGAAGUUAAGUAAAAUCCUAAUUAAAUUUUUACGCAGAGGCUGCAACACUUGGUGGCGGAGGGCAUCAGCGGGGGCUGGGUACGUCCGCUGUCCCGAGUUGUGUACGCGCCCUGCGACGCUACGCGCGCUUUUAGCUUGCUCGCGCACAGUCGACACCGCGGCCGAGUUAUGCUGCGCGUCCACGAUUCGCCGACAUCACUUGUGGAGCCCAGACUAACAUGCUCAAAAGCAUACAGCCAGCUGGUGAUAGGCGACUCGUCGGGGCUCACCAUGUGCCUGGCCUCGCGCCUGGUGCAACGGGGCGCAGGCGCGCUCCAUCUGCAGCUCGCCCACAUUGGGCCGCGUCUCAGUACACAAGUGCUAUCCUGGCGGAAAUUGGGCGUGAAUGCUAUAACGACCUCCUUAGACCUCGGGCAAAAUGAUUGCGCGUCAAACCUACUGAAACUAAGUUCAGGUCUGGGCCCAGUUGAAGGCAUAUUUGUAGUGAUGGCGAAACAACAGACUCGUCAGACACAUGCCCUCUAUAAGUCCCUAUUGGCCAAUUUGGAUGCAGAGACAAGAAAAGUGUGCCCAUCUAUCAAGUAAGGUUUAUGAAUCUAAAAUGUAUAAUAUAGGUUCCUCGUAUAGGCAAAGAAGGAGACCCAUUGAAGUUUAGUUCAUACUGAACAACUUUUACUAUGGGACCAACCCCGAAAUCGCGAACGAAAAGGAGAAUGG